AUGUUCAGACCUACAGCAAGGCGCCUGACGGCGCGAACCGGUAACUCGGGCAUGGGAAGAACACCACUCACGGUGUAUGGUCCCCAGCCAAAAUAUGAAGCCUAUGUCUCGCCUUAUGGCCCAAAAACUAAACACAUUCCCAAUCUGAUGGGGCUUUCGCCAGGCAAGGCAUACACAUACGGCACGAUCUCAGCAGGAUUCGGUAUGGCUACAGUCAUCUUUGCAUUGUUCUUCUUUGGCGAGAUUCCAAAAGUCAGGAACGAUAUAUUGAGCAAGUUCCCAAUUAUUGGAGAAUACUACGUAAGAGAAAUCCCUCCUGAGGACAAUCCCUUCUAG